AAUAAACAUUAUUUUGAAAAAUGAAUGUGCCUUACGUCACUUCCGGAUUUAGUCGACACAGUAGUAAAAAAAAAAAAUCUGGUUGCUAUGAAUUUCAGCUAGCUAGCCCCCGACAACUGAUAGUACACUUGAGUAAAACCAUCCAUGUCAAGACACAAGAUAGGUUUUCGAAGUCUUGUGCCGCUUCUCUGUCCAUAUAGGGGCACACCAGCCUGCUUGCCAACCUCCUGGGAUUCGAUCCUGCUGGCUCAGUCACUAGACCAGAAGACCUUGGCACCGUUGUGUGCCAGUUCAUUUCAAGACCCAGGGAAUUUUGAAUCCAGACGAUGAACGGUCUGUCCAUACGAGAGCUAUGCUGUCUGUUCUGCUGCCCCCCUUGCCCCAGCCGCAUUGCUGCCAAACUGGCUUUCCUCCCUCCAGAGCCCACCUACGCCCUUCUCCCUGACACAGAUCCAAGCUCUGGAGCUGGAGCUGCUUCUGGGUCCACUUCCGGGGCUGCUCAGCCUUCUCUUGGAGCCCCAGGACUCCGUUCCCGGCAGGGCACUAGUAGUGGAAGUGACAGAGGAGGCGGAGGUGGUGCCGGAGGUGGAGGUGGAGGUGGUGGUGGUGGUGGAGGAGGAGGUGGUGGUGCAGGAGCAGCAGCAGCAGCAGGAGGAGCAGGUGGCAGUGGUUGGAGCGAGGGCAGGUGGAAGCUUCAUCUCACAGAGAGAGCAGAGUUCCAGUAUUCACAGAGAGAGCUGGAUGUGACGGAUGUAUUCUUGACCAGAUCUAGCCGAGGGAACAGGGUGGGGUGCAUGUACAUCCGCUGUGCCCCCAAUGCUAGGUUUACAGUGUUGUUUUCCCAUGGCAAUGCAGUGGACCUGGGCCAGAUGAGCAGCUUCUACAUCGGCUUAGGCACACGCAUCAACUGCAACAUCUUUUCCUACGAUUACUCCGGCUACGGUGUUAGCACUGGCAAGCCCUCUGAGAAGAACCUAUACGCGGACAUUGAUGCUGCCUGGCAUGCCCUGCGUUCUCGGUACGGCAUCAGCCCUGAGAACAUCAUCCUGUAUGGACAGAGCAUCGGCACGGUGCCUACAGUAGACUUGGCAUCCCGGUUCGAGUGUGCUGCUGUGGUCCUCCACUCACCUCUCACCUCUGGCAUGAGGGUGGCUUUCCCCGACACCAAGAAAACAUACUGCUUUGAUGCAUUCCCUAACAUAGAGAAGGUGUCAAAGAUCCCUUCUCCGGUGCUGAUCAUCCACGGUACGGAGGACGAGGUGAUCGACUUCUCCCACGGCCUCGCCCUGUUUGAGCGCUGUCCCAAGGCCGUGGAGCCCCUCUGGGUGGAGGGGGCCGGUCACAACGACAUUGAGCUUUACAGUCAGUACCUGGAGAGGCUACGGCGCUUCAUCAACCAGGACCUUGCUGCCCAGCAUGCCUGAGAAAACUACAGCCUCUCUGCAGUUGUGUGAAUGGGACGUAUGUGCGUACGCAUGUGUGGGAGACCGAGUGAGCACGUUUGCAACAAAUGGGUGAGAAAUUGUUCUAAAACAAUAUGUGAUUUUUUUCUCACAUCUGUGUGUCUUUGAAUCAGCACACCUUUACGGAUAAUGUCCUGUCCAAAAGGUGGGAACAGUUUUUAAUAUAUCAGUAGCUGUAUCUGUAUGGUGGCGUGUGGCAAAACACUAAAAACAAGAACCUGGAUUCUAUAACUUUACACAUCUGGUUUUUAAGGUAGGGGAGUAUAUGAAUUGCAGCUUUGACACGUGUCACUAACAUGAAUUAAGAAGUAAC